GUUUUUUAUGAAGUUUCAUUCUUGAGAGAACCGGACCGCACCGGACUAGUCACCCCAGAGCGAUGCACAGCGCAAUUCACUGUUGUUUUUCUAGACACGGUUUGAGCAGCAUACAGACUAGAACACGUUUUUGUGAAAGAAAAACCUGUCUGACAAACGUGCUGUGGUUGCAGUCAAAUCUCCUACACCAGUGUUUUUUAAAUGUCGGGUCUGGUCCCACUGGAGGGCUGCAACUGAUUCCUUUCAGGUCUGGAUCCUGGCACAAUAAGCAUUGGAGUUGGUGACAGCAGAAUCACUAUUCCACCAUUUUGUUAGUCAGUUCUUUACCCAGCAUAAGCCAUGUUCAGCCUGUCAGAGCUGGCCUCUCUGAGUGAGCGUCAGGGCAGCUCCAAGCUGCUGAAGCCCUGGUGGGAGGUCUUCAUGGAGUACCUGGUGGUGCUGAUGCUCAUGGUAUCUGUGUUGUCAGGCACCCUGUUGCUAUCUCGAGACAGGGUGGUGUGUCUCCCCCUGGACCUCACUACCACCCCUACUAACCAGAACACCUCCUCCAGCAGUGGUGCCGUACCUCAACCCCACCCCCCUAACAGGCCCCCCACCAAACCAUCCCCCCUACCAGCCAGCCCUUGGACCCCUGCUAGGGGCAGACGCACCCACCUGGACUACCAGCAGUAUGUCUACAUUAGCCAGGUGUGCUACCACGAGGCCCUGCCCUGGUACUCCCGCUUCUUCCCCUAUGUGGCUCUACUCCAGUCCCUGGUGCUAUUGGCCAGCGGUUGCUUCUGGUUCCACUUCCCUCUCACCUCUGCCCGCAUAGAGCACUUCCUGACCAUCCUGGCCAAGUGCUGUGAGUCUCCCUGGACCUCCCGCGCCCUGUCCCAUGCCGCCCGCCAGGAGGAGGGAGGGGAAGAGACAGGCCCCCAGGAUCUCCAAACACCUCCUCCUACUCUCCUGUUUUCACCCCCUGUACCCCGCAACCGCCAGUCCAGCCUGGACUCCGGCACAGACAGCCCCCUGCUGGUGAGAUCGGAUAGCACGUCCACUGCCGCCCCUCCCUCGCCCUGCCCCUCCACUCUCUCCCGGACCUCCUCCCUGUCCACCAUGUCUCUGUCCCGGGCCCAUGUCCCGGCUUCUAAAUCCCCUGUGGUGCUGGAUGGUUCACGGCGGGUUGCCAGUUUGGACCGGAGUGACGGGGAGCAGGCCAGGGCACUGUUCGAGAGGGUGCGCCGCUUCCGCUCCCACUGUGAGAACUCUGAAGUCAUCUACAAGGUGUACUUGGCCCAGACGGCGUUCAAGGUGCUGCUGGUGGUGCUGAUAGUGGGCUACACCACCCCUCUGAUGAGCUCCAUCUCAUUCACCCACACCUGCCUACCCCAGGCCCACGCCCUGACUGGCUACAGUGCCUUUGAGUGUACCCAUGCCCUGGCCUCUGUCCUCCACAAGUUGCUGCUGGCCUAUGUCAGCCUGGUGGGGCUCUUUGGCCUGCUGAGCAUCUACACCCUCAGCUGGAUCCUUCACAGCUCCCUGCGUCAAUACUCCUUUAACAAACUGAGGGAGCUGGGCUCCAUGAGGGAUGUCCCUGAUUUAUGUAAUGACCUGGCCUUCCUGUUACACAUGGCUGACCAGUACGACCCCCUACUGGCCCAGCGCCUUUCCGUCUUCCUGUCACCUGUCAGCGAGACACGCCUGCUGGAGGAGAGCCUGGAGAGGCGCUGGGGUGCCGAGAGGCUGCGCUCCAUGACCACGGUCGACCCAGAGGGACGGCCCCUGCUGCAGCUGGUGGCCCUGCCGCGCCUGCCGCCCGCCCUCUUCACCCUCAGCCAGCUGGUGGUGCUCAAGCUGGAGCUCAUCUCAGACGCCAAGCUCCCCGCACAGGUGGCCAACAUGACCUCACUCAGGGAGCUUCAUUUGUACCACUGUACUGCAGCCAUGCAGCCUGGUGCCCUGGUGGUUCUGCAGGAGCGUCUGGAGGCCCUGCACCUCACCUUCACCCAGGCUGCAGAGAUCCCUGGCUGGGUCUACUCUCUCCGCGGCCUGCAGGAGUUGCACCUUUCUGGCCGGCUGGGCUGUGAGGGCGGGGUGGGUCGUGGUUGGGCCCUGGGAAGCCUCAGGCAGCUCCGCCAUCUCCGGGUGCUGGUCCUGAGGGGCAUGCUGCAGCGUGUGCCCGGGGAGCUGGGGGAGUUGGCAGGGAGCCUGGUGAGGCUGGAGAUCCACAACGAGGGCUCCAGGCUGCUGGUGCUGACGGGCCUGCGGCGUGUGGCCGGCCUAACCGAGUUGCAGCUGCAGGACUGCCACCUGGAGCGCCUGCCCUCUGCCCUGCUGGCCCUCACCAGCCUGCGCACCCUGGACCUGCAGCACAACAGCCUGCGCACCCUGGAGGAGCUUCUAGGGCUGGCACACCUCCGCCGCCUCUCCUGUCUCAGGCUGGCCCAUAACCGUGUUCUGGCCCUACCGGCUAGUGUUGGUGUACUGCGUGCUCUGGAGCUCCUGGACCUGGGGUACAACCAGCUCCAGAGCCUUCCCCCGGCCCUCUUCACCCUCCACCACAUACGUCGCCUCCUACUGGCUGGCAACCUGCUGGACGAGCUGUCAACAGAGGUAGGGGCGCUGACAUUUCUCACCGAGCUGGACCUGAGUGGGAACAGGCUGGAGAGUCUGCCUCCAGAGCUCUUCAGUCGCUGUUUGGAGCUGCGGAGCCUGAAUGUAUCCCACAACUCCUUGGGUUCCCUGCCUCCAGGGCUAAGCAACCUGAGUCACCUGUCCCGCCUGGACCUGCGCAACAACAGUCUAGAAGAGCUGCCCAUGGAGCUGGGCUGCUGUUCAGGACUGCAUGGAGAAGGUCUGCUGGUGGAGGACUGGCUGCUCCAUGCACUGCCACGACAUGUGAAGGAGUUCCUAACCCAGCCGGGCUCUCAUACCGGCAAAUCCUUAGAAUCACACUCCCGUCCAGACUCAGAUAGCUUCCCCUACUUCUCGGCUACCCAGUGGAGUUUCUCCUCCGCUCUGGAAUCACGGAUAUAGAACUGGAGAUGAAUAUUGUCUAACCUGUCAUAGAAUACAUUCAACAUCUUGUAGUGUUUGUAUUGAUUUGGACAAUUGAUAUAUUUUUUAAUGCUUAUUUUAUUUCUGACAUUUUAUUUUUUACCACCUAUUUUUCUUAUUGACCACUCUUUUCUAUGUUUAUCACUUGUUGAGUUUGUGGGGUACAUCACUGCAGCGCUGACACAUCCACAAUCUUUCUAGACAAAAAGUGAUUUUACAUGAAAGUUCAUAGACUUUGCUGCAGUAAAAUGUUUGAUACCUUAUGUCCCUGUACAGUUUAUAUAACAUCCAUAUAUGUAACCCUUUGGAAAAACUGA